AUGACCAACCUAUCAGCUGAACCCAAACGGCUCGCCAUUGGCGUCGUCGGUCUCGGCAGAAUCGGCAGACAACACGCCCUCAAUGCACUGCACUAUGUCCCAAGAACGAAGCUCGUGUGUGCAUGCUCGCCCAUGGAUCAAGAUAUCGAGUGGGCAGACAAGAACCUCAUCCCAUACGGAGUGAAAGUCUACCGGUCAUUCGAGGAGAUGGUCCAACAGUCAGGCCUCGAAGCGAUUCUCAUUGCCAGCACGACCAAAGUCCAUUACGAGCAGGUGGUUGCAGGGAUCGAGAAAGGCCUGCAUGUUCUGGUCGAGAAGCCUUUGGCCAUGAACCUCGAGCAAAGUCGAAAGAUCCUAGCUCUGGCCCAGCAACCACGAUACUCUCAUCUCAAGGUGAUGACAGCCUUUUCUCGCAGAUUCGACGACUCCUACCAGAACGCUCGCAAGGCAAUUCAAUCAGGCCGCAUCGGAACCCCCAUCGUCGUCCGCUGCGACAACAGAGACAAAUACGACCGCAGCGAGUUCUACAUGCGCUACAUCAUGGCCAACCCGGGAAUCUUCAUCGACACCUCCGUCCACGACAUCGACCUGACCCUCAGCUUCAUCGGACACAACGCCCGGCCCAAGUCAUGCCACGCGAUAGGCACCAUCGCUCUGCACAAGGAACUCGCCGAGAUUGAUGAUGUCGACAACGCCGUCGGCACAGUCGAAUGGUAUCCUCCAUCACCAGGAGCUCCCGCGCCAAUAUCUUACUACUACAUCUCCCGCAUCAUGCACCACGGCUUCGACAACCCCACCGAAAUCAUCGGCACCGAAGCAACACUGAAAGUGAACCUCCACCCCCGAAGAGACCUCAUCACCAUCGCCGACAAGAACGGCGUGGGCAACGACGUCCCUCCCGACUUCUACGAACGAUACGAAAAGGCUUUCGUGACGGAGCUGGGCGUCUUUGCGGAUUGUGUGUUGGAUGGGAAGGAUCUGCCGUAUGAGUUGGAUGUGGCGGUGAAAGGGAUGGAGGUCGCGGAGGCGUUGCAGGAGAGUUUGAGGAGUGGGAGGAAGAUUGAGUGGGAUGUGGGGGGGAGGAGGGUGGAUGCGAGGGAGGGAAGCAAGCUGUAG